AUGCCUCCAAAUUUUUUUCAAAAACCCGAAACGGCACUCAAACGUGCUCAUGAACUUAUUUCUGUUGGCAAGGAGAUGGAUGCAUUAGAAACGCUCCACGAUACCAUAAAGUCGAAACGUCACAAGCAAUGGACGAAAACACACGAAGCAAUUAUGUUGAAGCAUAUGGAACUUUGUGUUUCAUUACGACGUCCACAUGUGGCCAAAGAUGCUCUUUUUCAAUAUAAAACACUUACUCAACAGGUUGCCAUUAAAUCUCUUGAAACAGUUAUACAACGGUUUCUGGAGCUUGCACAGCAGAAAACAGAAGAAGCGCAGAAGACUUCCAUUGAGAAAGUUGAAGAAAUUGAUGAUUUGGAUCAAGCCGAUGCUCCUGAAAAGUAUGUUUUCUUCAGUAUUUUAUAUAU